CAGCUCCAGGAUUUUUGUAUAAACAAACACAAAAAUCUUUUGGAAUUACUUUCAUUUAAAAUAUUACUGUUAACUAUUUAUAUAUAUAUAUAUUUUUUAAUUACACUACAAUCAUAAUAAAAUAAUUUUAAAAUGGUUGAUAAUAGUAUUGAAUGGAAAACCCUAAUUAAUACCAAUUUAAUGAUUAAAAGAUUGCAUCCACUACCUGUUAAUGAUCACCCUUUAAAGAAUAUAAUUACAGAGAGAAUUCCAAGAAAAAUAUUGGGUUCAAUUCCUAGCACAGGGAUGACAACUCCACUAGAAACGCACAUUUCACUAUUGGAGCCCUUAACUCGAGCUCUUAGGCAGUUGGACCCUUUAUCUGACUUUGCAAUGGAAGAAAUGGACCCUUUGUCGAAAUUGGCAGCGGAAGUAGAUUCUCAAGAGAUACCCGAGACUAAAAGUAUAGUAAUAAAAGAUGCCGAAAAUAAUAUAUUUUACCAAAUGGAACCGUGGACUUCAAGAAGAGCUGGCAUUUUAACUAAAUACACAACAUCUGAAAAACUAUCUAUAGUGACUAGCUUUUUAUCCGAAGGAGAGAAAGUGACAGUGAAAGCACAAAGUACUGCAAUAGAUAAAGUCCAACACCGUUUAAAACAACUGGACUCUUUUGAAGAAGGAUCACAGCACCGACUCAAUUUAUCCCAAGCUGAAUACAUCACGAAAAUCGAACAGUUAAAUAAGGAAUUGGUUAUAGCUUGGAAUACCGAACAGAGAGUGAAAGCAUUAAAAAUUGCCAUACAGUGCGCUAAACUUUUGGGAGACACGGAAGUUUUGUCUUUUUAUCCUAGCAAAUUUGUUCUUAUUACGGAUAUUUUGGAUACGUUUGGAAAGUUGGUGUAUGAACGGUUGAAAACGAAGGCAGUUUGUAUUAAAUCUGGUUCCAAAACUCUUGCAGAUUUACCCGAAGAUUUUACCCCUGAUAUGGUUUCAGAUUCGGCCAAAGAAACCUGUCUGAAUUGGUUUUACAAAAUCGCUUCCAUAAGAGAACUUGUACCAAGAAUAUAUGUUGAGAUAGCUUUGCUUAACUCGUACAGGUUUAUUUCGACCAAUGAAUGCAAUGAAAGUCUUCAAAGAAUGACAGAUAUGAUUCAUGGUAUUGGUAAUCCACUGGUAGCAGUUUACGUAAGAUGUUAUUUGUGCAAAGUAGGAAUAACCAUUUUGAAAAAGAAGUUAGAAUUUGGUUUCUUACUGGUCAAUUUUACUGGAUUUUUGGAUUCUUACCAUCAUAUAUUUAGUAGGGGAGUUAAGACAGAACUGGAAUCUCAAAAAAUGGAAUUGCCAACAUAUAUCACUUUGUAUACACCUGCCUUGGAUUUCAUAUUAGAAGCCGUAAACUGUGUAGUCAAUGAAUCAUUUUUGCCAAAUUUGUUAAGUGUUUGCAAGAAAAAGAAAAAUAGUUCUCUAAUUUUAAAUACAAUAAUGAGCGGAUUCAAACCGGCAUACAUUUCCGAUAGGUGUAUGGAAUUUUUGGAUAUGAUUUUGGAUAGCUCCGACGGAGGUGUGCCUUUGUAUCACUUGUUAAGAACAUUAGGUUUGUGUAUAACCGUUUGUCCCCCGCCUUCGGAUCAAAGGCGAGAAAUAUUGGCUAUAGUAUGGAAGCAUAUAAGUUCUUUUGACAAUCCAGAUGAAUAUAUUACAUGUGCUGAGGCCUGGAUACAGUUUGUUGUCGAAUGUUUUUCGAGUAGGGAACUAAAUACUGUAUUAGGAGAUAUUAUAGAACACAUGAGUCCUAAUAGAAGUUUUGAAAAACAUUAUUCGGUUUUGAAACUUAUCAUUUCUAAGGUAGUGAGCCAAUUUCAAGAUUUUGAAAUGUUAUUAAUAAUGGACAAUUUCCUUCCUCUAGUCGAUAUUUUUCACGAAGAAUCGAUAAAAGUGGAGGUCUGUAAAAAUAUAUUAACCUCUUGCAACGGUCAAUAUAAAACCAACGAUCCAGUAAUAACUAACGCAUUAAUGUUCCUGUGCGGCAUUCUUCACGACUCGGUAAAUGCUUUGACUCCAGAAGACGAAUACAAGCAAAUCGGUGAAAUAUUGUGCAACGUAAUGAGAAAAGUUAACUACGGAAGAGACUUCGAAGAACAGUUGAAUUUUUUCGUUGAAGCUAGAUCGGCGUUCUCGAAUAUCGAUAUUGUUUUGGCGGAGCUUGUCCAACAAGUAAAUACUCUAUCUGUCAAUACCAGACAAAUCAUGAAAGGAAUGCAUAAUAGAAAAACCGCCGAAUUUGUACAAGCCUGUGCAGCAUAUUGUUUCAUAACAAUACCUUCGAUAGUUUCUGAAAAAACUAGAUUAGAACUAUAUUUAUUAUCUGGACAAGUGGCUUUGUUCAAUCAAUGUUUAGGUCAAGCUGACGCUUGUUUGAAAGCAAUUUUAACUAUUCUACCCAAUCUAGAAGACGCUUCCGCGAAAUCAGAAUUGUUCCUCGAAUCUUACAUCAAAAAGUUAUUAUCCACUCUGCUUGUCGUACCCGACAAUCCUGAUAGAGGUGUUGUAGGCUUACUGAAAUCCUUACUAAACGUUAUUAGGCAGUUAGAAUGGAAUAAGCUCAACUGCAAUUUAGCUAUAUUAUAUAUCAGCGUCCUCGAUUUAUUAUCAAGUUUAGCUAAAGAAGAAUAUCCAUAUCAUGUAGAUAAAGUUGAAUCCAAUGACGCUCUGUACGGAUCAGAUCCAAAAUUCAUUAACGAAGUUAACAAUAUGUGUUCAAUAAUAAUUAGAGAAAUAUUAACCCUGCUCCAAGAUCUCGGCCAAUGUAGGAGACAGUCGCAUAUAGCAACGGAAUUAUUUGUUAAAAUAGUGACUAGAAGCGACUUAAGUGUCAAGUCGACUAACACUUUGGCGAUCAAUUUGUGGCACUUGAGUAUGAAAAAUGGAUACGCCGAUAAAAGUUAUAUGAUAAGAAUUAAAAACCAUUUAAAGAGAAGAAGUGAAGCUACUAGAAAUCUACAUCUUCAAUAUGUAGUCGACAAACUAGCAAUAUGAUUUUUCACGUAGCUUGUAUGUAUUUUAUUCAUAAUUGUGAUAUUUCUAUAACUGUGAAAUUUUUUAUAUUUUGUACUGGUAUAAAAAAUA